AGCCCAAACUGGGAGCUGGGGAGAGGCACAGGCUGGGUCAGAGUAGCUUUCCUUUUCAUAAGUUUUGCUUUUUCUUUUGAAGGUUUUGCCAUUGGGAAGGCCACUGAGCGGGUGGAUGCUUUCAGGAAAGCAAAGAACAAAGCCAUCCACUAUUUGCAUUACAUAGAGCGGUAUGAAGACCAUACAAUAUUCCAUGACAUCUCGUUGAGAUAUAAGAGGACGCACAUCAAGAUGAAGAAACAGCCCAGAGGAUACGGCCUCCGCUGCCACAGGGCCAUCAUUACCAUCUGCCGGCUCAUUGGCAUCAAGGACAUGUAUGCCAAGGUCUCUGGGUCCGUCAACAUGCUCAACCUCACCCGGGGCCUYUUCCAUGGGCUCUCGCGCCAGGAAACCCACCAACAGCUGGCCGACAAGAAGGGUCUCCAUGUGGUGGAAUUCCGGGAGGAAUGUGGCCCCCUGCCCAUCGUGGUCGCCUCCCCCCGGGGGGCCUUGAGGAAGGAUCCUGAGCCAGAAGAGGAGGUUCCCGACAUCAGGCUGGACUGGGAAGAGGUGAAGGCUGCACAGGGAAUGAAGCGCUCUAUUUGGUCUGGUCUCAAGAGGGCCGCCACCUGACCUUCCUGCCACCGAUCUUCCUGCCACCUGGCUCCCCCACUGCAACACCGUGCCUGCUGCCCUAGGCGCCUGGGGACUCCCCCCUCACAUCUUGCCGUGUCACCUCUUUUUUUUUUUUUGAGGAAAUGUCAACCUUCUUUAUUU